AUGGAGUUCAUGGUGCCAAGUCUCCGAAUUGCUAUUGAGAAUAAACUUGGCGAUAUGGAGAGCCUGAGGGAGCGCCUGUAUGCCCUAAACAAACUCGAUGAACGAAGGCUGAUGGCACAAUGGGUGACAGACGUGGCCCAGCAACGAAGGAAACAUUGGCACGACCAACACAUUCGGCGGGCGAGGUUCACCCCGGGGCAGUUAGUCUUGAAAUAUAAUGGACGAAACGAAAUUAAACGGGGGAAAUUCAAAUUUUCUGCUGAAAUUGAGUUCCGUUGCUUUGUGGGCGGGCUUGCCUGGGCCACCGAUGACCGCACCCUUCACGACGCUUUUAGCCCGUUUGGCGAAGUUCUGGAGUCCAAGAUCGUAAGCGACCGCGAAAUUGGAAGGUCUCGUGGAUUUGGCUUCGUGACCUUCAGUGAUGAGAAGGCGAUGAUGGACGCCAUUGAGGCUAUGAACGACAAAGAGCUAGAUGGGAGGAAUAAGAGCCAUAGGAAACUAAUGGAGUUUGCAGGAAAAAGGAAUUGGAAAAAACGGUUGCAGGAGGGCAGCCACAUGAAUAAGGAUAGCCACAUGAAUAAGGAUAAGCGAGUUCUCCCUUCGGGUGUACGCAUAGCAGGUAGCACAAUGGACGCCACACAGAAGAGAAAGACACUACAGCAACAUGCCGCAAGAGGGAAGAACACAUGGACUCCGCAGAAUAUCACCUUUGAGGGAUUGAAUGGGUCCGAAUGCAGGAAGUGGUGGUAG